UUUGUGUAUGUUAGCUGCUCACAUAGUUCCGAGUUCUCAGGGUUCAGCACACUGUUGUGACAUCAUAAUGGAGAUUCCGUUCUGGCAGCUCUAAGCUGCUGCUCUGACCCUUGUCUUCUGUUGGUGUGUUAGGAGUGAAAAGAUCAAAAGAUACUUUCGUGACUUUCUGCAGAUAUUGACGACAAAUACUGAGUUCACUUGCAGCAUUCAGUUUCCACAAUGGCACUGUUCAGCAGUGUAUUUAGACAACUUUUUGAGCAUUUUGCUCACUUCUUGCGCAAAAAGGAGACAUCUCUGAAGGCACAGCAGUGUGCAGCGCAAGAAUGGGCGGCACUAGAGAAACUUCCAGAGGCACCGUUGACGAAGGCGGGUGAGAGUAAGGCCUUCGACUUCACUGCUAAUGACAGGAAGUGCAGAAAAAGAUGUCGCAAGUAUGGAGAGAAAGAGGAGGAAAGACAGGAGAAGAGAAAGGUGAAGAAGGAGAGAGAGAUGAAUGAGGGAGGAAGUCAUAAAGACAAGGCUGAAAAAGAAAGAGAGAAACUUGAUCAGAUAAAAGAGAGUGGAUAUGUGCAGCAGGCAAAAAGAGAGUCUGCCAAAUUCAGAGAGAUGGAGAGUCUAGAAAAGUUGAUGGAGGGAGGAAGUGAGCAUAGAGAGGCUGGAGAAAAGAAAAAGAAGAUAAGAAAACUGAGGGAACGAAAGACCACUGAGCCAACUCCAUUUCUUGUGGAGGUCAAACCUCAGCAAACUAUAAUCAGUCCUCCAGUGAGAUCUUCCUUCUUGAAGCCAAGAGAGGGAGAACUUCCGAUGCGUCAAAGUGUUUCUGAACACCUCACUCUACCAGCUGCUCGCUUCAAGCCCCUGCCGCCAGUUGCCAAACCGCCCAUGCGUCCUCAAAAGCCAGCUUCCACACUUGAGGAAGAGUCCCUGCCAUGUUCUCCUCUUCAAGUGGAUCCUCCCAAACCAUUGGCUGUUCCUCCACGUCUCAGUCCAGCACCCGAUGAACUCUUUUUUCUCCGACACUCCCAAGUGCAUCCUCCCAAGCGACUGGUGGUUCCUCCGAGCCCCACUCCUUCACCAGAUGUUGUUGAUCUGCAUUGUUCUCCUACUCAAGUGUGUCCUUCCAGCCUGGUGAAGCCUCAGCCGUCCACUUCUUCCCUGUCUCUUCAACUCAUGCUCAUUGACAUAGAGGACGAGGAGAAUGAGUAUGUGGAGCACACAGGGAAGACCAUCCGGGCUUGUGACUUACUCAAGUCUGAACGCCCCCGACCGCUGGAGGCUGAAGUGAAACCACGACAAAUGGUUGCUUGGUUGGAGAGUGACAGCGAGGUGCUGGAGGAAGUAUGGGCGAGUGAAGUGGUGGAGGUCCAGGGAUGUGAGGAAGAGAAAGAUAACCCUGGUGAAAUGGGAGACUCCAAGGCCAUAGAAGGCCAUUUGGAUGUCGCCUCUCAGAAAAAGAAGCAGAUGGAUGAGCACAUGAUGAAGCUGUUCUGUGUAACCUCUCCUGAAGGUCCCAAGAAUGAGACUCAGCACAAUGUGAAAGAGCCAAAGAGCAAAAGAAAAGUGCCACUUGUCCUGUUCACCUGGGCAGAAGAAAAGGUCAAGAAAAAGGAGGAGAAGAAAAUACGGAAGGAGAAGGAGCGAAGACAAAAAGAGUUGCUGCUUGAACGCUACAGGAACGAUCCAAAACUGAAGCACUUGUUGAUCAACAAGCACAACCACCAUUACUGCUCCACUGAAUGAAGAUCAGUCCCUCACCUUUAACCUACUCGACAAUUGUGUACAAAUAAAAAAAA